AAUUAUCCUUUGUAUUUAAUAUCUUCUUAUUUUUUUCUGUAGGUUUAUUUGAUGUAGAAGUAAUGCCAAACACGUACACGCAUAAUGGAUGGUAUCGUUAUACAAUCUGGUAUGGAAUUAGCGCCAUCUGCCCGUCAAAUAAACACGAGAACUAUUGAAUAUAGGUUAAUCGAUACACACAACUAACAAGACACUGGAUAAUUAUUUAAAGAGAACCAAGUUUAGUAUGCGAAGAUUGCUACGUUUGUUUAAUGAGAAAUCAAAUCAACGAACAGUGUCGUCCGCUCGUAUUUGUUUUCUGCAUUCUCUGUGGGUAUUCUCAACUUCCCAGUUUCCUAGGAAACAUCUACGACAUACGAGAUACUCAAAAACAAUCGCAAAAAGAGAGGUGGAAGAUACCACAAUGAUUUCGUUAUGUGUGUAACGGGACUGUUAAAUGUGUUUUUAAUGCACACAAUGCGUAUUAAUUACAACUUCUGCGAGAUGUAGGUGCUGGGGAAAAACUGGCGUCCUCCCUUCGCUGCUGUCCCAAGCGAUAUGGUAGAACCGCCCUUAAAUGACAGUGUUUGGCACCACAGAAUGGUAAUGGAGGCUAUGCACGCGAAGUGUCACUUGGAGCUAUCUCUGAAGUAAUCUCACUGUGUGAUUUUCAAAUGGCGGUUGUGCUGUCACAGUUAUUCGUGAUGUUCACUCGAGUUACAUCAGAUCAUUUUCGCGGCAUUUAUAUCUUCACGAGGAGAACGGGUAGAACUCGAAUAUAACGAAUAUGGGAUUUUGUGUCUGGCGGCUCAGCGUCGUUGUUGGUUUGUUGGUGAUGGUGAUGAUCACGGGUGUAUGUUCAAAAUACUUCCAAAACAAAACGUUCAUACACAUAGUGAAUAUAGAAACAACGCUACAUACAACGAAAGACUUCAAGUUGGAAAGUGACACUAAGAUUCCGUUUGUAAACUUAACAACCUUGUAUACAGAAGGCCCACCGUCGUUUUCGUUUUUUUCUGGAGCGAAAAAAGCUGUGACUAAUAUCACGGAUGUUGUUCUAGUGCCGCGGCCGCAGUGCAGCACAUUCCUCGAAGAUUCCAUAGAAUUGUUUGAUAGGGUUCCAGUCAUGUGUUACGACGUGUGCGACGUUGCCAAGUGUGUUCAGAAGGGCAACUUCAUAGACAUAUGUGGCAGUGAUGGCGAGGAUCAGUCGAAUGUAAACUGCAACGCCUUUGGUCUGGUCGAAGAUGUCACCUCUACCGCAGUCUACAGUCUAGUCAAGCACCUCAAGUGGAAAUGGCUUUUAAUCAUCUUUGACGCUGAACAUGAGCAACGAGCACGAAUAAUUCAAACAAACACGGCUUCCAAUAUUUACGUCUUGCUUUUUCGAGUUGAACAGUCGAUUGAUUUGCCCAGCCUUCGACAAACACUACAUCAAUAUUAUAGCUGGACACACGAAUACAAGAACGUUAUCGUACUCUGCGGUAGUCCAACACACGUUGAACAGAUACUACACGAGGCCAACAGCUUCGACGAUCUCCACGACAAUAAAACGUCAAUGGCGAUGUUUUCACAAUGGUUGUUUGUCACUGGGGAAGACAGUGUGGGAAAAGAUCUGUCUUGGAUAUUACUGAAUAAUGUUGUCAUGGUGACAAUUCCGCCUGUUCUGCCGCCAGUGCCAGGUGCUAUCAGGGAAACUAUACAGAACACUAUGAAGUGUUUGCUGGAUUCACAGAACAGAACGUUCACAGAGCUCAGUCUUGAUACUUCACUGUCGUCAAGCGACCAGUUUAUCCAGCUUCUGAGCAAGAGGUGCAAGUGCUGGGAGGGGAAGAUCUCCUCUCUGCUGUACACCGAGAAUGGACGUGAGCUGAGCAAGAUCGGGUUUUUUGACUUCACGGGAACAAUACACGUGCCUACCAAGCUGUUUACCAACGAAGACUUCGGGUUCAAUGGUCGCGUGUUUCGAGUGGGAACAAUGCUGUGGCCGCCAUACUUACAACUAUCGAGCGAAAACAACACCAAAAUAUAUGAAGGUCUCUGCAUUAAUUUGUUGGAAGAACUGGCUAAAAUCUUUAAUUUUAGUUACGAGAUUGGAGAGGUGGAGGAGAACGCAACUUCACGUGGGACAGUGCCAGGACUAGUCGGCGCCAUGAUUAGAGGGGAACUGGACCUCAUCGUGGCGCCGAUGCUCGUGUCAGCUGACAAGGAACUCGUCAUAGACUUCACGUUUCCCUUCUUCCAUGACGUCAGUGUGGGCGUCUUCAGAAUGCCCGACCCCGAGAAAUCAAAAUGGCUGACUCUGAUCAAACCUUUCAAGUGGGAAGUACUGGCAUGUAUAGGGGUGUCCCUGGUGACCAGUACUAUUCUACUUACCAUUAUUCAGAUGACGCAAAGGCUCGAAAAGCCAGGAAAACUCGGGGAAGUCUUUCAGAGCUGUUUAUGGUACAUUUACGGAGCUUUACUUUCUCACGGCUGUUCACUGGACCCAGCGACACUGUCUGGAAGGAUCUUAGUUGGUUUCUGGUGGCUCUUCUGUUUGGUGAUUUCCGCCUCAUACAGCGGGAUUCUCAUAGCGUUUCUUACUGUAGAAAGACAGACGCCGCCCUUGCACACACUGGCGGAUCUGGUGGCACAGGAAGACUACUCUUGGGGCACACUAGGUGGCACCGCUAUGUUAGAUGAAUAUCACAAAUCCACCCAAACUGACAUCAAAGCUUUAGUGAGAGGCCUGUCCCAAACGGGCGAGUCGAUGGACGAGCACAAGAAGAGGGUUCUGGACGGCUCGUACGUGUUUUUCGGGGACAGGGAGACGCUGGUCACGUGGACCAGACAGCACUGUGACCUGGCGAUCCUCGACGAAUCCUUCUCACCAUUCAAGUUCUCAGUCGGGCUGCCCAAGAACUCGCCGUACACAGAUCUCUUUUCAAAGAGAAUUAUUGAUAUUCAAUCUGGUGGUCUAAUGGAAAUCUGGAAGAAACACUGGUGGCCUCAGAGGAAUCUCUGUGUGAACCUUUCCAAUGCCAGGAACCGACCAAUCCAACUGUCUGACCUGCAGAGUAUAUUCUACGUGGCUAUUAUAGGACUCGUGCUGGCCUCCGUUAUUUUAAUCACUGAAAAACUUGUCCAUCUUUAUCAUUACACCUAGCAGCCGCUUGGCACGGUCUUCACUAUUCUCUUUUUUAAAUAUACAUUUAUUAAGUUUUAAGAAUUUGAAGACCCCUUUGUGCCUAGAGACCAGAUAUUCUAUUUCACUGGCCCUCAUCAAGAAGAUUUGCCCAUCACAACUUGUGGCAUUGGUAGUUUCCUUUUUAUGAGCAUAUUUAUAGUUGUUCCAACUUAAAUAUCCACGUUGCUUCAAAUGAAUGUUUGGUCAACAGAACUCUACUAAACCAUUUGAACGUGAGGACAAGGACGAUGACCAGACUCUAUCAUCGCGUAUGGAUGCUACUGUGAGGCAGGCGUGUUAACAUUUAUGGCUGGUUCAUUGCUAUUAUGGAAAGGAUAUUAAAAAAAAAAAACUUCACCGCAAUAAGACACGAUUGCGUUCAGUACAUAUAGUGUGUGGCGAGCAACAAAACACGGUUGCGUUCAGUACAUAUAUAUUGUAGCGAGCACCAAAUAACGAUUUGACUGGUUCUAUGUUAUAUUGAUUUAACAUUAAGCGCCAAAAUCAGUCUAAAAUGCCACAUAGAGCUCGUGUAAAUUGAACGCUGAACAGGGUUAGUCUUUUGUCAUAUAAUAGACUAAAUUAGUUGUGUUUUUUAAAUUAUUCUCUGUGAUUGUGUGUUCUUGGUUUUUUCAUCAUUGUGCUGGGUGACAAUGAUUCAUAAGUUGUGACAUUGACUAACAUAUUGUUAGUUAGGAGAUUGAUGUCAAAUAGUUAAUUUUGUUUAUGAGAGAAUAAAAAAUUACACGCCGUGUUAAAGCAUUGUAGGUCAGAGAAAUAAAACAUGUAUUUGUUUAUGUGUGUGUGCCCGUAUGAUAUGUAUCAUGUUUGGGCCAGUUUCGGUAAGUAUAAGCAUUCGGUUCUAAAGCAUAUCAAUAUUUAUAAACAGACAGUUGUUAUUCAAAUGCCUAGUUUCUUAUUAAUAUUUCUACGCUUAAAAUGAGUACUAAUCAGGCCACUAUGUAGCAAAGAUCACCGCACAUGCGAAAGAAUUUAUGUUGAAACAUAUAAGGGCCAUAUACUUUGGGCAAGUAUCUGUAAAGAGAGUUUUGCCAGCAGACACCGUGACAAUCAUGUGACUUCAAUAACCAGAUACCAGUACAGCUGAGAACAGACAGAAAUAGUUUUUAAAAUUAAGUUUUCUUUCACAUUAAUCUUUGAAAAUCAUAGAAAAAAGGUAUUGAGAAAUGUGCCGUGUUUAUGAGUCGGUAAAGUUCAAUCUUGCUUUCUUUGCUCGUUUUAACUUUAUUAUUAUGAACAUUUCUGUGAAUAUGACAGACAUCUGUUUACUUCCCCAUGCAAAACUCAAAUUCGUAAAAAAUAUUCAAAUAUACGUACUGUUAUGCACAAACGACGCAACCACCGAAACAGGGCAACGGACGAUACGGUACAUAUGUAUUUAUGUGUGCAUGCGCACACGUGUAUGUGUAUGUGUUUAUGUGUUCAUAUGUAUGUGCUGAUGCUUUUAUGUCAAUAUGUCUUUUGUGUUAGUACGUAUGUGUCGUACGAGUAUAUAUAUAUAUAUAUGUAUGUAUGUAUGUAUGUAUGUAUGUAGGUACGUAUGUACGUAUAUAUGAAUCAUUCAGUCUGUCCGUCCGUCCAUCCGUCCGUCCGUCUGGCUAUCACACACACACACACACACACACACACACACACAUGCACACAUACAGAUUUCGUCAUGAGUUACGGUUCUUAGUGAUUAAACUCACAUGGAAUAGUGGUUUGAAUUUAUAGGGUGUUUUUUUUAAUGAAUGUCACAGUGCUUCAAUAAAGUCUAUCGAGUGUCUGUCACUAA